ACGAGUCCUUGGCGCUGGGAACUAUAUAAACGGACCGCUUAUAAUUGGCUAGGCUAGCUGAAAGAUUUUUAACCGUCCAGCACUAUGUCGUUCCAAGCCGUGGUCGUCGUCGCGCUAUGCGCCGCCACCCUCGUCAUGGGGGAUUAUCAACUUCCUGCAACAGUGAAAACUUGCAAAAGGGAUUCAGACGAUUUUUCAUCAUGUUUGCGGCUCGCCAUUCAAGAAGCAUGGCCCACAUUCGUUCCAGGAUUACCAGAAUUCGGUAUACCAUCUCUUGAUCCCUAUUACAUGGAAUCAUACUCGAUGGAACACGAAAGUGGACAACUUCGUGGAAAAGUAUCAGUCGCGGAUGUUCGAUUGUACGGUCUUGCCAAAUCACGUUUCUUAUCCGUGAAACCGGAAAUGGAUGGUGAUUUCUUCCGAUUGGAAAUUGACGUCGAGAUACCAAAACUUCUGAUAGAUGGCGAUUACAAAGCCGAGGGAUCACUGGCUACUUUCAAAAUGGGUGGAAAAGGAUUCUUCAACGUCAGCAUAGAGAACAUCAGAACCACUUGGGACAUUUCAGGCCACGUAGUCAACGACAGAUGGGUCGUGGAACAUUUCAAAACCGCGCCAACGAUCAGCAGCAUGAAGAUCUGGUUCAGCGAUCUCUUCAACGGAAACGAAGAACUGAAUCGUGCUGCUUUGGUCUUCAUCAACGAAUAUUGGCCCUUGGUAUAUCGAACAAUGUUACCAAAAUUAAUAGAAAUGUGGGAUACGUAUCUGUCCGAGUUCUCCAAUCGUUUCUUCUCAAAGAUACCGUUCUCAACAAUCUUUCCUUGAAAUCAAUGUUGAGAAUAUAACAAAUAAAAAUAUAACAAAUAAUUACAAAAAAAAUGAUAGAUUUAAAAAAAGACUCAACAAAGUUUUUUUUUUUGUUGAAACUAAAGGUGGAAUGUUUCAAUUCUCGUAAUCGUAGCAAGAUGAAAUGAAAGAAUCAAGGACUAAUCGAAUGAUACUAUAUGAUAAUAAUAUAACACGAAUGAUUCUAAGAAAA